CUAGAGGUCAGUCAAUGUUGAUGGCGGCCACAUGCUCUUUUUAGAAGUGAGUGGAACCGUAUAAAAACACGCAGAAUGAAGGACACGCCGCUGUCCAACUGUGAGCGGGAUUUCUUGCUUAAAGCCAUCGAAGAGAAGAAGCGGCUCGAUGGACGACAGACAUAUGACUACAGGAGGAUAAAGAUCUCGUUUGGGACUGACUAUGGAUGCUGCUUCGUGGAUCUGGGAAAAACCAGGGUCAUGGCCCAGGUGUCCUGUGAGCUGGUGGCUCCAAAAGAGAAUCGACCAAACGAGGGGAUCAUGUUCUUCAACAUCGAGCUGUCUCCGUUGGCCUCUCCGGGAUUCGAGCAGGGAAGACAGUCUGAGCUGUCAGUGAAGCUCAACAGACAGCUGGAGCGAUGCCUGAGGAACUCCAAGUGUAUUGAUACCGAGUCCCUGUGUGUGGUGUCUGGAGAGAAGGUGUGGCAGAUCAGAGUGGAUGUUCACAUGCUGAAUAAUGAUGGGAACCUGAUGGACGCUUCCAGCAUCGCCGCCAUCACCGCUCUUAGCCACUUCAAACGGCCCGAUGUCGCCAUCCAGGGAGAGGAAGUCACGUUGUACAGUCCAGAGGAGAGAGACCCCAUUCCUCUGAGCAUCUACCACAUGCCCAUCAGCGUCAGCUUCUCCUUCUUCCAGCAAGGCACCUACCUGCUGGUGGAUCCGUGUGAGCGCGAGGAGCGAGUGAUGGACGGCCUGCUGAUGAUCGCCAUGAACAAACACCGGGAAAUCUGCUCCAUCCAGUCCAGUGGUGGCAUCAUGUUGCUCAAAGAGCAGGUCAUGAGAUGCAGUAAAAUAGCCAGCGUCAAAGUGUCUGAAAUCACAGAGCUCAUCAACCAAGCCCUGAUGAAUGACAAAAAGGCCAGGAAGGAAGGCAGUAGGUGUGGCUUCGCAGAGUCGAUGCCUCAAGAGCGAAUCACCGCCCUGAAAAUAGAAGAGACUCCCGUGGAGAUGGCAGACGUGACGGAAAAAGCCAGCGACAUCGUCCAGAAAUCGGAAGCCCCGCCUCAGACCGUGCCGUCCCCGUUGCUGCCAGCCCCAGGUGUCGGGCAGGUUGGGCAGGGUCUGCAGAACAGCUGGGGACUGGAGGAAGAGGACGACGACGACGAAGAGGAAGAAGAAAACGAGGACAGCGGUGAAGAAAAAGAAACACAGAUGGAAGAUGAGAUGCAAGAAAAAAAGGAGAUAAGAGGAGAUGUGGUUGAGCUAUCAGACAGUGAAGAAGAGGAGGUGGUGAUACUUAAUCCGGAGCCUCCACGAAGCAAAGCGAAAAAUACAGGCUCCAGUUCUCAACAGAAGGGGGCAGCAACAUCCAAGAAAAAGCAGAAAAAAUAAGCGAGGGUUCCAUUUGACCUCAAAGAUGUUUACAUCUACAGCAGCUUUCCCUCGUCAGAUGUGCUGCCAUCCUUCCAUUACAAUGCUUUAGUCAUUAGGAUCAGUUCAGAAAUGGAUGUACAGAAAAUGAUUUUGUCAAAUAAUGUAUUUUAACAGUCAUUUAUUCAUUUGGAGACAUUUUUUUGUUUUAAUUCUGUUUACAUAUUGGUAUUUUGCAAGAAAAGUUAAAAUUAAACUGUAUUACAAAAA